GCUGUAGAUCCGGGGCGCCGCUGCCGGGACACGGCGCAGCUGCGCGGAGCGCUCCGAUUCCUGCUGCAUUAUGUCAGGAGACAGUGACUGCACCAGGACGAGUCCAUCAGCGGGGUCUCCAUCAGACAGCGAGUUCUUACCAGAUCGGCCAAAGUAUGUUUGCACGUUGUCUCCCGAUCUCAUUACCAAAGCUCGGGAAGAGCUCCAGGAGAAACCUGAAUGGAGGCUCCGUGAUGUGCAGGCGCUCCGAGAUAUGGUGUGCAAAGACUAUCCCUCUCUGGGGACCUGCCUGGACGAUGCUUUCUUGCUAAGGUUCCUCAGAGCCAGGAAGUUUGAUUACGAUCGAGCUCUUCAGCUUCUGGUGAACUACCACACCUGCAGGAGGAGCUGGCCUGAGGUCUUCAAUAACUUGAAGCCAUCCGCAAUAAAGCCUGUCCUCGAGUCAGGCUUUGUCACUGUGCUGCCUCGGCUGGACCCUGAGGGACGCCACAUCGUCUGCAUCCGCCCAGACAGAUGGACACCAAGUAAUUACCCAAUUACUGAGAACUUUCGUGCCAUAUACUUAACGUUAGAAAAACUCAUUCAGUCCGAAGAGACCCAGGUGAAUGGAAUUGUAAUCCUGGCAGACUACAAAGGAGUCAGCUUAUCUAAGGCGUCUCAUUUUGGUCCUUUUGUAGCCAAAAAAGUGAUUGGAAUUCUUCAGGAUGGAUUCCCCAUUCGAAUAAAAGCUGUUAACAUAAUAAAUGAACCUCGUAUAUUCAAAGGCAUUUUUGCAAUCAUCAAGCCUUUUCUGAAGGAAAAGCUAGCAAACCGGUUUUUUCUUCAUGGCUGUGAUCUGAAUUCCCUUCAUCAAAACAUUCCUCCAGCGAUCCUUCCUGAAGAGUAUGGUGGUACUUCAGGGAAGCUGGACACCUCUGCAUGGAAUGAGCUGCUGCUGGCCUCUGAAGAGGACUUUCAGCAUGAUUUCUCAGAGCUGCUUCUCCCGUGUGAGAGCUCUCCCCAUGACAUGCUAGGGAGUGGGGAUGCUGAUGAAAAGCAGUGUGAUGAUUCUCUGCGAGGCAUGAAACCUCAGCUCUAUUACUGUUACUAAAAAAACAGGGAAGGUUUCCAGCACAGUUAAGAUCUGUUCUGACAGGUGAUGCUGUGAACUCUGCCUUACCCCUAAACCUGCAGUUUAGUGACAGAUCACAAAGGCACUUUACACUGUAGAACCAAAGGAAGCUGAAGAGUGCACAGUGGGGGCAGGGCAAAGUUCAGGGAGGAUAUAGGCAAAGAGCACCAGCUAUGUAGAAUAUUAAGGCUCAUCAGCCUCCAUGUGAAUGAUGCAAACUGGCCUAUUCUUUCUACUGAUAAAGGGAAAAAAAUCAUAAUAUUACAGGAUGGUAAGCUUGACAGCUUCUUGUCCCCUCCCCACGCUGGUGAAAAGUGACAAUGAUGAUUUACUAGCUGUGACCAUCUGUUCCACUCUCCUUUUGCAAACAUCAGUAAUCCAAGACAAAAAAACUGCUUUUGAACCCUGCAAAAUGUCAGGGAAGAUUGCUUAAAAACAUAACAGUCUAAUAUGACCUGUCCUUUAUCACUUGGUUCAGACUGUGAGUUGGUAUUUCUGAAAUAUCUCAAUGGAUAUUUAUCUUCAAUGAAUACAGAGCAAAACUUUCUUACCCAGUAAUAUCAGCCUGGAGAUCAUCUCUGAAACUUCCUUACAGUGGGAAAAAUUAUACCUGGAGGAUCAAAUAGUACAACAUCUAUGCCAAAGCCUAUUAUAAACAAGCAGUCUUCAUUUUCAGAAAACAGGAAGCUUCUCAGAUCAAGUACUAUGGCUUUUGAUUAGGUAACAGCUUCAAAUAAUGAGGUUCAAUACCAGAUAAGAAACAGCUGUGUCACCCAUCUUCCCACAUUGUCAGUUGUUCUUUUCUUCAGCUGGUUGUGAUGAGUUGGGUAAGUAACUCGUACAUGGAAUUUUAAGGAUGCUUUGUAGCAGUUGGUGUAUGAUGUAUAGAAGGCAAUACUUUAUGUAUGACAGCAAGGUGCUUCUUUAGCUUGUUACUUUGGGCAGGAUUUAAGUCUGCAAAACCAAAUGCAGACAGGCUGUUUGAAAGCACAUUCUUAAAUUUCCUGGCACUGUAGCAUUUUGUUCACUGUGCUUGUCAGCUCUUUUGUGGAAUGUUACAACUUUGUUUACAACUUUGUUGAUCUCUUUUGUCUUUGGUUGUCCCAUUCCUGUACUUUAAUCAUCUUUGCAGUAUUUACCUGUAGCUUGUAUGCCUGUGCCUCUAGGUCUUUGUCUAGAGACAGAACUAAGACUCCACUGUCAUAUCAGGGUAAGAUACCUAUGUCUAAAUAAGCUGUUCCCACUCCUCAAGUUCAGUCUGUUUAAUGGUCUUGAAUUAGAACUUAACUCUUAGCACACUCUUUGCACAUGUUUUUCUGCACUGUAACAGUGUGGAUGGAAAACCUCACUAGGGCCAGGAAAGCACAGCUUGUUACAUCAAGGUAAAGUAGUUCAAUAGUUUGUGAAAAAUAACAUCCCUUCUAAUUGGAGACUUACCUCUAGAGCACUUUCUGUAGCUGAAAUCUUUAUUUAGUGCCAAGUGUCAUUAUAGGUACCAGUUGUUUCUGUAAACAAAAAACUAAAGCAUCUUAAGAAUUUCAGACAUUCAUUUUUCAAAGUGCCAAUCUGUUUUGAAUGUCUAUUCCUUUCAGUCUCCCUGCAGCACAAUUGCACUGCCAAAAAGAAGACUUUUCUACCACUGUAAUGACUUCCUGAUCUGGCAGCAGACCUGAUUCUGGAACUAGGAACAAGCAAAUGCCAUACUUUUCAUCCAAGCAUUAUAAAAGGAGAUUGAGUUUUGAAAAGGGGUAGACCAUGGAGGUUUUUUCUGUGUGGCAGUCAGAAUCUGUGGGAUCAGCGAACUCAUCACUUGAACUGUUUUAGGUUAAAAGUGGGAAGAGAUGAGAAGCAUCUGAUACUUGCUAACUUUAUAAGCCAAUUCUUACUCCUCUUUUGACAACUAUUACCUUUAGUAUGGGGAAAAUUAAACAAAACCCAACAUCACCAUUUAAAAUAAGGUUAGAGUACUGCUAGCCAUUUCCUCAUCUCUGACCAGAACAAGCUGCAUAUUUUGCAGAGAUUUAAUUCAGUUAUUUGUGCCACCCUAGCAAGACAGUAGCACAGAGCACAAGGACUUAAGACAGGCAGGUGGCUGCCCACACUGUUUAACUGUCAGAACAUAGAGAGAGUGGUGUUUAGUGCCUCUUAAUUCCAGCCACUAUGUACAAUUAAGAACAAAAAUAGGAAGAACCAUUUUCCCUAGAGGUGAAGGCUUGACGGCUAUUUGAUACACUUUCCUUAAUUGUACUGCAGGGUUUGAAGUGGUGGUAUUUUGACAGCUAACCUAUAGGAACAGCUACUCUGGUCCCCUUAUAGAACUACCAGAGAGGGAGGCUGAAAAUUCAAAUUUCAGUUUAAUGUCCUUCAAAAAGAAAACAACCUAGCUGUGGCCAGCAGAUGGCUGAGGAACUUCUACACCCUUUUUCAGGCUUUUAUAUUCUCUUGCAUGCCUUAAAUAGUAGGCAAACUAGAUCCAUCUCUCCCUGUCCUUUUCUCCUCUGCUCACAGAGAAACUAAGAAUACAGCAUAUUAUUUAAACGUAAUAGAUAAGGCUACAUUAUCAAUGCUGAAAAUAGCUGGUCUUGUGCCUCCAGAACUCCUGUUAAAGCUGUCUGCUGAACAGCUGAUGUCAGGAUGCUUGAACUAGGCCAGGCUUAUCUUUAUCAAGCAUCUAACUGUUACUUUUAAUUUGCUCUUUCUUGGCUUUAAAACUCAGACACUGAGUUGCAAUGUCAUUGAGCUCUAUCACUAAGCCCUUUUUAGGUUCCUAACCAGUGCUUGGCUUGUCUUGCAGAAAGCACAGCUCUGUCUUACAUGCGCCUGACUACUGAGCUGAGAAUGUUCUUUGAGCUUUAGCACUUACUAGCAAAGAAAUCCCUUUGUUCCCAAAAUGUCUCAUAUCAGCAUUUGGAAAAUAAACAAUUUACAGAAUAGACAGGAGAAGCUUGCAGGCUGGGGGGCUUUGGUUUCUUUCUGUUUACCGCACUAAACCAGAUCUGUUCUUUUUUCCACUUGAACUAACUUUGUUCCCAGAGGUUACAUGCCUUGCCCAGUCCAUAAGCCAUCCCUGCCAAAUCCAACACAUAAGGAAAGAUACUUGAACUGCACUGGGCAGCCAUGGCUUUUGGCAUUGAGUGGGACAAAAGGUAGCUGCAUUCUGUAAAUAAAAGUACUUGAAUUUAUACUCUUGCAAAUGGGUGUUACAAACCCUGAGGUAUCUUCAGGAACUCAGUGAAGUAUUGUUUUUGUUAAAUCUCAUUUUGGCAUGAGUUAAUCAUAGUGUUAUUCAGACUAAUACUUUUGCCUUCUGUUGUAUGUAGGCCUAGAGGUGUUGGGUGGUUUAAGUGUACAUCUUAUUUUGACAAAAUUUAUUUUUAUAUUGCAUUUUAUAAAAUGGAGUGGUCAAACCCAUGUACUUUUCUGAUGCAUGACUGGGUGAUUAAAUACAUUGUUAACAGCUGCUAA